CUUUCCGCCGCAGCAGAGGGCAGCAUCGUGCUACCUAAAGCUAAAUUCCCGUCAGAAAACUGUAAAGACGAAGAAGAUUCAUCAUCAACAGUGCAGCACUUGCGAAGAUUAUUUUUUACCUGACCCAGAUAUAAAACAGUGCAGCGUUAACGAGGCUGUGGACAUGGACACAAGAGCCUUGAGGAAUCCAUAUCCAGACUAUGAUGGGAGCCCUGCGUCCACACAGGCGUUGUUUGACUACCAGGGAAAGCUCACUCCAGAGUUCGCCCAGAGGCUGAGCCACAAGGUCUCUGAGCUUUUAGCUGUCAUGGAAAACGGGCUGAGGUCUGCAGAUCCGAGAGAUUGCACCUCUUACACUGGCUGGGCAGGCAUUGCUCUGCUCUACCUGCACCUCCACAGCGUGUUCAAGGAAGACUCCUUCCUUCAGAGAGCCCUGGAGUAUGUCAGCCGCAGCCUGAAGUGUCUGACCCGACGCCACGAUGUCACCUUCCUGUGUGGGGAUGCUGGGCCUCUGGCUGUGGCUGCUGUGGUCUACUAUCGCCUGCAGAGGUGGCAAGAGACUGAUGAGCACAUCAGCGGACUGCUGCAGUAUCACCAGACUGUGGUGAAGGGAUCAGGCGGGCUGCCAGAUGAGCUGCUUUAUGGCCGAGUGGGCUACCUCUACUCCCUUGUCUUCAUCAACCAGCAGCUUGGGCAGGACAGGAUCCCACUGCAGUACAUCCAGCAGGUCAGCCAGGCCGUGCUGGCCUCAGGCGAGCACCUCAGCAGGAAGUUCAGGGUCCAGAACCAGAGCCCUCUGAUGUACGAAUGGUACCAGGAGCAGUAUGUUGGCGCCGCCCACGGACUGGCUGGUAUCUACUACUUCCUCAUGCAGCCGGGCUUCGUCUCUGUGGAGGAGCUUGUACACAGGCUGGUGAAGCCCAGCGUCGACCACGUCUGCCGUCUGAGGUUCCCCUCCGGUAACUACCCUCCCUGUAUCGGGGAUGAUCGAGACCUGCUGGUGCACUGGUGCCACGGAUCGCCAGGGGUGAUCUACAUGCUCCUGCAGGCGUACAAGGUGUUUGGUGUUCCUCAGUACCUGGAGGGCGCUUUGCAGUGUGGAGAAGUGGUGUGGCGGUGGGGUUUGCUGAAAAAGGGCUAUGGGCUGUGUCAUGGUGCAGCAGGUAACGCCUACGCCUUCCUGGCUCUCUACCGGCAAACGCAGGACCCUAAGCACCUUUACAGAGCUUGCAUGUUUGCAGACUGGUGCAUGAACUAUGGUAAACACGGAUGCCGAACACCAGACACUCCCUUCUCACUUUUUGAAGGCAUGGCAGGCACUAUCUAUUUCCUGGCCGACCUUCUGCAGCCAAUGAAAGCGAGGUUCCCGGCCUUUGAGGUGUAAGUGUUGUCUCCCACCCACACCGCGAAAGAAAAUAUGACAAGAAAAAGACCCACACCUCUGCUCUCUGUUGCACUCAUGCAUGGAAACACCGCAUUCAUCUCCAAAAUAUAAUAUUCGGGGACUCGAUGGCUGACUUUUGACUCCUGCUUCAAACAUUAGUGCCGUGUUUUUCCUGCUCUUCUCCGCUGUGAACUUGACGUGUUAUUAACAGGAUUAAUCUUAAACUCACAUCUCGACUGGUAAUUAUCUGAGAGAUAUGUGAAAGGUAAGAGCUUCUCUAGCUGUUUUUUGUUUCUUUGUGUAUAAAUAUAAUUCCUGGUUUAUGAUCUCUUGCUGUUUCUCAUAUCGUGACGUGCUUUAGGGUUUCAGGCCAGGAAAUAAUUUUCAGUUUAAAUUUAGAUUUUGGGAAUAAUAAUCUGUUUUGUUUAUUCUAAAAACUGUAUAUAUCCGGUAUUUAGCAAGUUUAAAAGGAGAUUGAUGCUUGAGUUAGUUUAUUUUCUUUUUCAGAAAAACAUCAACAGCAAAGUUAGUUACAAUGCACUAAAUAUAAUACAGCUGUGCCAUGUGUUAAGGGCUUAACCCCGCAGCACUGAGUGUAAGCUGUUGGCUGUCCUUUGCACUUUCUGGGCAAUAAACCAUGUGUCUU